AUGACAUCCACGGAAACCAAUUAUCUUCCUACGGAGAUAGUGGUACUGAUUGCGGAGUACCUCUACGAUCUUGAUCUUUAUAUCCAGAAGGAUACCCUCAAUACCCUCGCACAAGCCCUUCUGAGGAGGCAAACCGCUUUGUUCAACUUUUGCCUGGUAAAUCAUCAGUGCAAGGCCAGUGAGAACUUGACCAACUUUAUAGCCCCUCGAGUGUCAUUUUCUCUCAAUGGCCUAGCAUCUCUCACAAAGUGCCAGAAGCUCGUAAGCCUGGACCUUAGCCGAGUGGGUGAUUCCUCGAUUACAUUCCCGCAAUUGAAGAAGACCGUCAGCAAACUCGGGAAUCUUGAAGAUCUUGCACUGCCGAUCUAUGUCCCGCUCACCGAAACUGGUUCGACUACCGGUUCAUGGCCUGGGAAACUCCGGAAAAUGACAAUCGGCGGGUACAUCAAUGAGCAGCUGAUGGAAAGUUUCGACUGGCCGACCAACUUAACGGACCUGUGCCUGUCGAAGUGCAAAAAUGCCAACGUCGAUCUCAUGGCGACCAUCUUAGAGAAUGAGUCUCUAUGGGGAAAUCUGCGGAAUUUCACCGUUGAGUCGGAUUGCAGAUUCACCGAGACAGAUCUGGCUGUCACAGGCGUCCUGCAGAACUUAUACGCUCUCGAACGCCUCCAGAUACCUGCACAUUUUGCCCGACAUUUACUUCUUCUUGAGGAAUACCCAGUCAUAACCAUACCUUUUCGGGACCUUUCUCUCACUGAGCCUGCUCGUGACUACCCUUGCGAUGCCUUCUUCUCCACGGAUCUAUUGGAAUCCCUGGAAUCAGGCACUCUGAAGGGAAUUUGGUCCCUUAGUCUCCCGUCUUCAUUUCUCAGUCUAUAUAAUUUGGACCAGCAAAAGUUUGAUGAUGUUAUAUUCGACCAUCUGGACAAUAUUGAUGAUCAAGAGCUGGACGAGUGGGGUCCGGACUUGGGUUUUCGAGUUUGGAGAUGA